CGCAGGAGACCAAGCGCCCAGCCCCGCCGCGGACCAUGGUGCAGCAAGCCGAGAGCUCGGAAGCCGAGAGCAACCUGCCCCGGGACGCGCUGGACACCGAGGAGGGAGAGUUCAUGGCGUGCAGCCCGGUGGCCCUGGACGAGAGCGACCCGGACUGGUGCAAGACGGCGUCGGGCCACAUCAAGCGGCCCAUGAACGCCUUCAUGGUGUGGUCCAAGAUCGAGCGCAGGAAGAUCAUGGAGCAGUCGCCCGACAUGCACAACGCCGAGAUCUCCAAGAGGCUGGGCAAGCGCUGGAAGAUGCUGAAGGACAGCGAGAAGAUCCCGUUCAUCCGGGAGGCGGAGCGCCUGCGCCUCAAGCACAUGGCUGACUACCCCGACUACAAGUACCGGCCGCGCAAAAAGCCCAAGACGGACCCGGCGGCGAAGCCCAGCGCGGGCCAGAGCCCCGACAAGAGCGCGGCGGGCGCCAAGACGGCCAAGGGCCCCGGCAAGAAGUGCGCCAAGCUGAAGGCGCCGGCGGGCAAGGCGGGCGCGGGCAAGGCGGUGCAGCCCGGCGACUGCGGAGCGGGCAAGGCGGCUAAGUGCGUCUUCCUGGACGACGACGACGACGAGGAGGACGACGACGACGAGCUGCAGCUGCGGCCCAAGCCGGACGCGGACGACGACGACGACGAGCCCGCGCACUCGCACCUGCUGCCGCCGCCGGCGCAGCAACAGCCCCCGCAGCUGCUCAGGCGCUACAGCGUGGCCAAGGUACCCGCCAGCCCCACGCUCAGCAGCGCGGCCGAGUCCCCCGAGGGCGCGAGCCUGUACGACGAGGUGCGCGCGGGCGGCCGGCUGUACUACAGCUUCAAGAACAUCACCAAGCAGCAGCCGCCGCCCGCGCCCCCCGCGCUGUCGCCCGCGUCCUCGCGCUGCGUGUCCACCUCCUCCUCCAGCGGCAGCAGCAGCGGCAGCGGCGCCGAGGACGCCGACGACCUCAUGUUCGACCUGAGCUUGAAUUUCUCCCAGGGCGCGCACAGCGCCUGCGAGCAGCCACUGGGCGCGGGCGCGGCGGGGAACCUAUCCCUGUCGCUGGUGGAUAAGGACCUGGAUUCCUUCAGCGAGGGCAGCCUGGGCUCCCACUUCGAGUUCCCCGACUACUGCACGCCGGAGCUGAGCGAGAUGAUCGCGGGGGACUGGCUGGAGGCGAACUUCUCCGACCUGGUGUUCACGUAUUGAGGGGCACGGGGCUCCUCGGGAGGCAGUCGUGGCGGUCAGGAUGGCGGGGGGAAGGGGGAGAAGAUGCUCACGGUCAGAGAUGUGGCGCAGAGAAAUUGGAAAAAGUGAUGAAAUGUUGGUGGAGUUAAAGUGAAAUUGAGUAGUUUAAAAACAGAUUUUCCAGGUUUUUUUUUUAAUUUUUAAAAAAAAUUUUUUUUUGGUCUCCCCCCACCCUUCCCUUCCUUUAUCGUGUCUCAAGGUAGUUGCAUACCUAGUGCGGAGUUGUGAUUUUCCCCACCCCUGAGAAAAACGUGUUUUGUAAUUUCUAUUUCUUUUUCCUGAAAUUCGUGAUUGCAACAAAGGCGGAGGGGACCGGGCGGGGGAGGGGAGGAGGCCCCGCUCCGGAAGGCGCUGUUUGAAGCUUGUGGCUUUUUGAAGUCUGAAAGACGUCGGCAGAGGGACCCUUUUGGCGGCACAACUGUUACUCUAGGGAGUUGAUUUUUUUUUCCUUAAGAGAUCUAAAAAAGAACUGGUGAUUAAAAAACAACAACAACACAAAAAAAGGGACCAUUGCAACCUUUUUUGUUUUAUUUUACUUUUUUGGAGGGAGAAAGCUGAUGUCUUCUAUGCAUCCAAUUUCUCAAACUGCAGGGAGCUUGAAAAAAUGCAGUCUGUACAAACGCUUACAAAAAAAAUCAUAACUGUGAACUGACUUAAGAGCAGAGUUUACUUUUUCAGAUCAAAUUGUUUAUGGUUUUACAAAUGUGAUUUCUACUUGGCAACCUUUUUUUGGUAACUCGUUCCCUUAUACCUCCUUGAUUGAAUACCUUACAGCCUACACCUCAGUACAAAAGGUAUUGAAACAUUUUUGAUACAUAACAGACCUCAAUCUUUUUUAAAAAUUAAUAUAUUUUCAGGCGUAUUUUUGUACAGUGAAAAGGGAACAAUCUUGCUGUGUUUUUUCAGUAAGACUUUCAGGCACUUCUUCCCUUUUGAUUUUUCUUUUUCUUUUUUUUUCUUUUUUGUUUGUUUUUUUUAGCAUGCAAAUAUGUUGGUACGUUAUGUCCUGGUUUAAAGGAUUGAAAUUUUAAAAGUAAUCCUUGCAUCUAAAGGCCUUGUGGUUAAAAAAAAAGCAAACUUUUUUUGUACAGCUAUAGUAGAGAUUUGUUCAAUAUUUGUAGGUAAAGAUUUAUUGAAAAUGGUGACAUAGACCUCAGAGCUGUUCUUAGUUUAAGACUGUAUGUACUGUACCAUAGUAGGACCUAUGUAUCUCAUCGCUGUGAUGUGUGGACGGGGCCCCAGACGGAAGGUUUGAAACUGGAUUCUCGAUUUUUAGCAAAAAGAAAAAGGAAAGGCACAUAGUUUUAAAUUUUCUCAUUUUGUGCAAUAUAAUCUAAAUAAACAGACCAUUGCAUAUUUAGUAGCAAAUGGUGGCGAAGCAGACUCAACGCACUGUCGACAUCACCGCCCGAGUUUUUGGGUUUGUGUGUGUGUGUGUGUGUGUGUGUGUGUGUGUGUGUGUAGUCUGUCUUGAUUUUAAUAAAUCAGCAGGAACUGAUAGAAGCUCGCAUGGCCCAUAGUCUCUCUAAGUCCACCGGGGACCGCGUGGUCACGGCGCGGCGGAGGGCGGAUUCCGCUUUUGGAGCCCUUAGGCUGCCGGGUAGGUGGCAAGCCGGUGUCCUCCCUUCUCACCCCGCCCUGCAUCUCCACCCCUGACUCGGGCUGUGCGCGGGGCUGUGCGUGGUGGGGCGUGGGGCUGGUGUGUCCGCAGGGCUAGGCCUCGGCUUCUGGCUUUUUUGCUUUUUUUUUUUUAACCUUUUUUUUUUUUUUCCCGCCGCAUCACUGCGUGCGCGCUCAGGCGGAUGCGGGUGGAGAGGGCCGCGCCCUUCAGGGGUGUUCACGCGGGUGGGGCUCGAGGAAAACAAACGCGCCUGAUGCCACCUCCACGUUGGGCGGCUCGGGGCUUUGGAGUCUUGAUGGAGGGAGCAUCUGCCUCCCAGGGCCCGGGCCAGCCCUCCCCUCCCCCCUCCAGCCCUGUCCCUCUUGAGGUCCCGCGCGCAAGCCCAACUCCCCAGAGCCCCCCGGCUCCUGCGGCGGAGGAGCUGUUCAGCGACGAAUUGAAACUUUGUGCCAAACAGCCCGAGUCUAGACAGAAACCGUUACUCGAGCGCUGGCCGCCGGGACUUGGCCACUCGGGGUCGCGGCCUCAGGCCGGGGCCCCACGCGAGUCGCAAGCUGCAGGUGGAGAGCUCGUUGCCACCGAGCGGCGCGCUCGCACAGCGCUCGUGGGUGGAGGCCGGGCGGGGGGGCUGCGUGGCUUUUCUUCGCCCACCCCUCUUCCACGGCGCGCUGGUGUAAGCCACACAGAGACCGUUAAACAGGGAAUAAUUCCACCAGCGGAUAACCCCACCAGCGGUUUACCCGGGGCAGUUUCUGGAGCUUACAGAAAAGGCAUUCUGAGAGUCUAGAGAUCUUUGCAUUUGCAUGUGUUUUCCUGUUUUCCAUCGGGCGUUUUCUGCGGUGAGGGAAUUUGAAAGGUGUGAGUAUUUGGCCUCGGAAUGGAAACGUAGCUGUGAUUUGUAUGUUAAAAUUAUGUGGCCGAGUUUCUUGGCAGGAAAAUAAGAGACAAGUCCUUGGCGGUAGAAAAAAAAAGAAUUUUUUUAACCCUGUUAGAACUCAGGACAGGCGCUCGAAUGCGCCUUUAACAAUAUUUAAAGCAGUUUAGACAAAUGCAUUGUGAAGACCAUUCCCAACGAACCCUUUAUUGAAUGUGUAAUACACACGGUGUUCCUGCCACUAGCUAGGCUUCAAUAAAAGUUUAGCUGCAUUUUUCCCCCUCCUAAGUAAGUCUUAUUUUUAACUGAGCAUUGACAGUAUCUUAAAAUGGUAACGUGGGCGUGGGCGUUGUGUGCAGAGCAGUCUCGCCAGUCGGGUACCCUGCUCCUUAACUAGUUCACAGACUCGAGUGCGGAUUUUUGGCGAGAUUUCCAUCUUUGAAGAAACAAAUACCUGAACCACCAUUCUCUUAUUAAUUCUUUAAGCUAUGGAAAUACUUUUCCAGUUUCUACAUUCUCGAUAAUGCAUCCUUCUUAAAAAGAAACGAUACGAAUGAAAGGCAGUGUGCAUAGAUUGUGCAAAUACGUGUUACGAAUGACUACGGUCACUGGGCAAGUUAUUUGUAGAGUGAUUAGCCUUUAGCUAGGGGAAAAAAAUCAUUGCAGCUCUUUUGGGCCUGGGUGGUUCUUUUUAAUGUUAAUGCAGGGGAAGUGAUUUAAAUAUGCAUGCUCUUAGCAGUCAGGAUCUGACUUAGUUGUUUUGAGACAAGAAAAAUCAAAAAGGCAAGGUCUACUUCUUUUCUCUGGGAAUUGAAACCACAACCAUCUUGAUACUGGGAUGGUGUAAGAAAUGGACAUUUGCUUCACUUCAGAAUUCAAAUGAGUUUUGCCCAAGGAACUGGGAAAUGAGGCAAAUAAGUUGCUCAAUUUUCAAGUAGUCAUUCAAUAGAAAUAUAUUCCAUCACUCAGCUUUUUACUCUCUGGUGGGUAUUGUAUAGUCUCACUGUUUUCUCCUAAUGGGCGUAUGUAUCUUUGUGGACACUUGGAAGAGAGGUUUUUCUUGUACUCUCUCAUUUCUAGAAUCUUUAUACUCUUUUUCCUGCGAGGUUUUCUGCUUCUAACAGAUUUCUGAGGCAACUAUAUUUGUGCUUUUUUCUUAUGUAGGAAGACCAGCGAAAAUAGCUUACUGAGUUGUCAAUUUUAUCAGUAGAUAAGAAACUUUGUUUAUUACAGUUUCAGGGAAGGUUUUUCAGGAUAUUUCUCAGUUAUUCUAAGGGCCAAAUUUUAUAAAAGAAAUUUCCAUUAGGAAUGUCAGUUUCAAAUACCCUUUGUAUAGCCUAUGGCCUGUAAGGAUAACAAGCCUGAGCCUUACAUGUGUCCGAACAGGAAUCCAUAAGUCCCCAAAGUAAACGUCUCCAUGUAACGACUCUUGACACGUUUCCUGAGAGUUGGCUUAUUUUAAUUAUCGAUUCUUUCUCACUGUCCAUUCUAGGUGAUUUAUUCUGCCAUAUCUCUUGGUUUGGUGAUCUCAACAUUUUUGCUCUUUGGUAACAACUCAGGUUUUGUUUAUGGGUUUUCAUGACCCCCCCCCUUUUGUGUGAUGCUUACAUUUUCAUCCACAGUAUAAUGUACUGAAGCCAAGCUCAUUUCCAUUUCCUUACUGCUGACUCCUUUCCCCCCCAACUCCUAACAUACCUUCAUUUUUUUUCCACCAUCUUAUUUUUUUAACACUACCUAGAUGCAUUAGCUGCCUGAUUAGUUUAUCUAUUCCAUGUGGAUGCAGUGAGUUUAUAAGAGAAUUUCACAAACAAGUAGUUUUUUAGUGAACUUAAACAGAAUUUUAAAGGAGACCUAUUUUUAUACUCAAUAAAAGCACAAAGGUGCAUAAAGUAUAGCAUGGCGUACAAAGGGAAAUCCGCUCAUAACGCUCCAUGUAUAAAGUAAUAAUUUUCUUGGAUAGCGAUAUUCUUUGAAGACCCAGUGCCUCUCUGCCUGUGCCUAGACAGAUGUUUUCCACACACCGGGAACUCCCGGUUGCUGGCACUUGACAAACACCCUUCUCAAGAGCCACCAAGAGCAAGAGGCAGGGGCUGAGAUGUGCCUCCAGAUAGCAGCCUGCCACUAGGCAACCUGGACGCACAGGCGGAGGCUUCAGUCUUACUGUUUGAUCAAACUUCUUUUAUGUAGUCGCGUAGACUUCAUUUUUCUCUUCUGUGAAAAAUGACAAAAUAAAGCAAUAUGACAAGUUUGAAAAUGCAUUUGAAAGAAUAGAAUUUUCCUCCAGGGUCCUCAAAGAGAUUUUUUUCUUUAAAUGUGACGCUUAUUUUAGGAGGUGCAUUACAUUCCCCCUUCAAAAACAGAAUGACUGGAAAUCAUCAAAACAUAGCAUUAAAAAAACUAAGAAAAAAAGAAUUUUGAUCAAAUGGAUAUUGACAAAGGGCCCUUGAUCCCAUUUUUCUUCACCCAGCUUGUGUUCAAAAUCCGUAUGCCUCGUCCCCCAAUUCACAGAGGGAGAAGCGUCCUUGGCCACGGUCACGGACCUCACCCCUUCGUCUACUUUUGCUCCUGUACAUAUGUUGUGGGCGUCAGUCUUUCCCAUGUGUUCUGUGACACCUUUGUUUGAAUGGACUGUUUUGAAAUGGAGGCCUGUGUCUCAGGUGUGGGACACCUAGUGGUCCUGGCGUCCCAUCCAGUAGUGCUCUGGGCCAGCCGGGACAGAGCCACCUGAAGUCUGAGAGCAGUUAUUAGCAUGACACCGUGAACAAGUGUUUCGUUUUGUUUUCCAAGGCCGAGAAAUACAACUUUCACAGCCACUCCAGGUUUGGGGGAGGACUAGCUGGAAAGCCCUUUUGUUUAGAAGUCUGAGUGGGUUGUGGGGGGACCUUUUAUAGAGUUUGCAUGCCAGCGCAGGACCUGUUGCUGUCAGACAGAGAGAGGGAGGGGCUACCUGAGGCAGUGCGCUGGGGGACCGUGUAAGAGUCCCAUAGCACUAGGGAAGCAAAUGCAUGGUGAAGUCAUGUCUUCUGGUAGAGGUUAUCUAGCAUGCAGAGUGUAGUGUGUUGAAACUGUAUGACGUUGCUGUAUCAAACUUGUAAAAUUAAGCAUUAUUUAUUGAAAACUGUAUUUUUUUGUAAAAACCUGAUCACACAGAGUAUCAGUGGCUUGUGCUUUGUACUUCAAUCAAAACCAGCUUCGUGACCGCCCUCCUUGGAAUGCAGUGUUAAUGCUCAGGGUUGAAUUCAUACACUCCAAUGUCUCUUUUGCAGGAGUUUUUCACAGAGGAAUACAUUUGUUCAAAAGACCAAUAAAAUCGUGUGAUCAAUCUCCACAUGUGUUUUUUAUGUGACUUUUUUUUUUGUUUUCUGUUUUUGUUUCCCCCCACCCCUUCAUUUUGCAUUGGGUAACUACUGUGUGACUCCUAAAAGUGUUGUCUCGAAGCUGAGAGAUUUGAAAAGUCCUGGUGUCUCAGCAUCCAACCAGGAUCCAUAGCCUGGGCAGGACUGGGGCCCUCAGGAAGUGAUGAUUUGGGCAGGCGGCCGAGCUGCCCACAGUUGGUUGAGCAUGGUGAUCGUGUCUUGGUAUUUUUUAACUGGCCAAUAGAGUGAAUAAAAAGCAUAGGCGAAGUAUAGAGGGGUAGGUUAGCCUGUUUGUCAGCGGUAGAAGAUGAAGGGACUAUUCAGGGGCAGUUGCUGAUGUUGAAUUCAACGCCAGCAAACUCCAUUCCUCAGUGUCUUUUCCCCAACCCCCCUCUAUAAACAAUUUGCAGUGUAAAUGUAUUUUGACAUAGAAACCAUUCUGUAUUGAGAUUCUUGCUAUAAGAUGUUUUUAUGGAAAGCCUGUAAGUGGUUCUUGCAAUUAUUAUCAGAUUUUUUUAAAGAUGUGUUUACAUGGUGAGUGUUUGUUGCAUAUUAAUUAAAUUUGGUUUUGUA